AUGACUUCCGCGGACUUGGAGGAAGGUGUUCACGAAAUCACGUCGGCGGAAACCGCAUAUACCGAUGCUCCAACUGUCAAAAGGCCCGGAGACGAAGAAAUAUGUGCCGAAAAGGAUGCCCAUUCUUCGUUCGCGGGUUCGCCUGCGCAGUCAGCCAUGGAUGUGAAGGGCACAGCGAUUGAUAUUCCAUAUGCAGAACAUGAAAGCUUGCCGAUAGUGGUGCCGAGGCUGAAGCGCAGAGGGCUUUUCGGGCAACUUACCCUGCUGGCAGAGGUUGAGAAUCCGAAGACGUAUCUCCGAAAAACGAAGUGGUUUAUCACAUUCAUUGUCGCGCUGGCAGGAUCUACGGCUCCCAUGGGUAGCUCGAUACUAUUCCGUAAGUGGCUCCCAGUUCAACUGCCCGUUAGAAUUGACCCCGUUGUGGCCGAUCCACUUCCCUUGUUGAUGCGCUCCCCUUCUCGGGGAACAACUCUCGUCGGUGGCCUCGCUACCCUCACGCUUCGAGAAUUCCCCGCUCACCGAAGCGCCUCCCUCUCUCAAAUAUCCAAGGAAAUGGACGCACCAACCACUGUCGUCAACCUGAAUAUCUCGCUGUAUAUGCUGAGUAUGUCUAUCUUUCCACUUUGGUGGUCCUCUUUCAGCGAGAGGCUUGGCCGACGAACGAUAUACCUUGUAUCCUUCAGUCUCUUUGUGUUGUUCAACGUUCUGAGUGCCGUAUCCCAUUCCAUAUCGAUGCUAAUCGUUAUGCGCAUGUUGAGCGGUGGAGCAUCGGCAUCAGUUCAAGCAGUUGGCGCAGGGACGAUAGCAGAUCUGUGGGACCCGCAUGAAAGGGGACGCGCAAUGAGCAUUUUCUACCUGGGCCCGCUGUGCGGUCCUUUGCUCGCUCCCAUCAUGGGGGGUGCUCUGGCAGAGCGUUGGCGAUGGAGGAGUACCAUGUGGUUCUUGGCCGUUUAUGGCGGAAUCAUCGUGAUAUUCAUAUUUUUUGCACUUCCUGAGACAUUAGCCAAUCAAAAGCCACGUGAUGGGGAUGAACAAGCACCCGUUGAACGACAACUCAGCCGGAUAUCUUCACGCCAGGUCGUUCACCUCACUGCCAGAUGGUUGAAGAUCCUCAAGAUGGUUUUCCUUGACCCUCUUAAGAUUGUUCUUUACUUGCGCUAUCCCGCAGUGCUUUUGACUGUAUACUACGCGAGUAUCACCUUCGGCUCCCUGUACGUGUUGAACGUUAGCGUUGAACAUACGUUUGGAACGAACCCCUACAACUUUAGCACCGUUAUUGUUGGAUGCCUCUAUAUCCCGAACUCGCUGGGUUACAUAGCUGCUAGUAUUUUCGGCGGCCGAUGGAUGGACCAAAUCAUGCAGCGUGAGGCUAAGAAGGCCGGCAGAUAUGACGAGCACGGCAAGUUGAUCUAUCGUCCGGAGGAUCGCAUGCGUGAGAAUGCUUGGCUGGGCGCACUUCUGUAUCCUGCAGCAUUGAUCUGGUACGGCUGGACCGCUGACAAGGGGGUCUUCUGGCUUGCGCCGAUGGUUGCCAACUUCUUUUUUGGUGUCGGAUCAAUGCUCAUAUUCAGUAUGUCAACGACGAUGUUGACCGAAUUCAUGCCCAAGAAAUCAUCGACCGGUGUCGCAUUGAACAACUUUAUGAGAAAUAUAUUCUCAUGCAUCGGAUCGCUAGUGACAGCCCCCAUUAUUGAUGCCAUCGGGAACGGAUGGCUCUUUACGAUCCUUGGGUUGGUCGCUUUCGCCAGCAGCUCGGUGAUUCUCGCUAUGAAAGUAUUUGGACCUCGUUGGAGAAAGUCGAUGGAUGCUGUGCGUCACUAG